AUGGUGUAUGACAUGAUCGACAAUGUUGCUGCUGCAGCGAGCUCCAUCGGCCGCGAGAUGAGAAGUGCUAAAUCCUGUGUUUCCGACGCUGCUGGUGCUGUGCUGCCCGCCCCGCUGGUGAAGAUGGGAUCCUUCUGUGGCAAGAACAAUGCCCGUGACUUUGCACGAUCUGUUCGGUAUCGGGUCGUUUGGCAGGCCCCUGAUUACGUGGAAACCAUCGUCAAGAAGAAGGCUGAUUCGGAGGAAGAAGUACGUGUAAAGAUUCCGGUUCUUCUCCCCCACCGCAUACUGGCCUAUGUGUUUGACGAGCUGGGCCUCCAUAUCAGUACAGAUGCCCUAUCCAAGUAUUGGAAGCACUGCAAGCGCUACUGUCCCUGGGCUUCCGAUCCCUCUUUCGAUGGGACUCACAUCCCUGUAACACUCUACGGGGACACGGCUCGAUAUGGGCAAGGCUACGAUCAAAGCAAAGUGACAGGUUGCUUUUUGAGUCUUGUUUUGUGGCGGCCUAAGUCUACAAGGAUGAGUCAAUGGCUGUUGUGGAGCCUGGAGACUGAACUGAGUUUGGGAUGGAAAAGCCACAACCCCCUCUACCUUGCUGUUGUGCAAUCUUUAAACGCUGCCUUUGACGGCCUGACCCCGGACAAUCGACCUCUGGGUAGGAAAUUCGCCGUGACACAGAUAAAGGGGGAUUGGGAAUAUCACUAUCAGACCUGGAGGUUAAAGCGAUGGUGGAAGACCAGGUGGUGUUGUUGGAGGUGUGAUGCUGAAAAUCACCACCAAGCCCGGCACCCGAUCACCGACUUCUCUGAUGACCCGUCCUGGGAGCAAACACAGCUAUCUCACAACCGGUUCGUGAUUGAGGGCAUCGGCCAGAAUCACGUUUGCCCCCUAUUGGGACUACGUGGCUUUCAUUUUGCUAUGAUUUGCCACUGCAGCUUACACAAUGUCAACCUGGGACUAGCACAGGAUGCUAAUGGCUCGAUGUUUUUGGUGGAGAAUGGGUACUUUGGCGACCCGAGCGCCAAUUCCUUGCACAAGCUCUUGGUUGUUGCCUUCCGCGAUUUCAAGACGUUCCAAAGGCAGAAGGGUGUAUGGAAGCCGGAAAAGCAUGGGGCCCACAUGGCUCACAAGGGAUACAACGGCCGAAUUAUCGCAAUGUGGCUUGGGGAUUGCAUGGAAAGGGCUUCUUACCACAGAACCACGAACGACCGUGAUUUCGGGCAGUGGCUUCAUGAGCGACAUCAGAAUGAAGGGAAACCCUGGCCGGAUGAUGAUGAUAUACGAUUCGCCCCUAUCUGUGCAGCAAUGAUCCUUUGA